AUGGUCAGCUUUUCGCCCAUUUGGUCCAUAGCAUUUGGACUGGUUUUACUCUCUACAGUAAAUGCUAGAGCCGAAGCGUCGCCUCAAGUUUCGCCCGCCCUGCAGAAAAUUCUAGACCAGGCAUAUGAGGGGCCACUCUACACCUAUCCUACUAGUCUAACCCAGGGAAUCUUACCCGUAGGCAUCUUUAAAGCUAUACAUUCUCACAACGAUUAUUGGCGACCGCUUCCUUUCUAUACAGCUCUCAGUGUCGGCGCGGUCUCAGUGGAAGCCGACGUGUGGCUUUUCAACGAUACACUUUAUGUCGGUCAUGAACCGCUCGCUCUAACGAGCGCCCGCACUUUUGAGAGUCUAUAUAUCAAGCCUAUCUUGGAUACCCUUAACCGACAGAACCCGGAUGCUUCACCAUUCGUUCCGCUCGAAACCUAUAACGGCGUGUUUGACAUGGACGGCGGGCAGACCCUUUAUCUCUGGGUCGAUGUGAAGACUGAUGGCGCAAAAACCUGGCCAGCUGUUGUGAAGGCACUAGAACCACUACGCUCGCGUGGCUAUCUAGCAUCCUCAGAUGACAAGACCUUCAGAUAUGGUCCUGUAACUGUCAUUGGAACCGGCAACACGCCGCUAGACUUGGUAAAAUCGGCCAACCCGCGUAAUUACUUUUUCGAUGCACCCAUCUCGGCUUUGGACAACAGCCUUUCAGACCUUACCUACCACGUCUCGCCUGUCGCUUCGGCGGCCUUUUCGACCACCUUUGGUGGCGUAUCGGGCUCCGGACUCAACGAAGGACAGCUUGCCUUGCUCCGCAAGCAUAUCAGUGUGGCCCAUCCUCGAGGGAUACGGCUUCGCUAUUGGGAUCAGCCCGGAUGGCCUUAUAGCACACGAAAUCAGAUUUGGCGGCAAUUGAAGGGGGAGGGCGUAGACUUUAUCAACGCAGAUGAUGUUGAGGCCGCUGCUGGUCUAGGAAACAUGUGGUGA